UCGCGGGGAUUGGCUGUUGGCGGCGUUGCGGCUGAGCUCGUGUGCGGCGGCGGAGUCAGCAGCGGCUGCAGCGAGGGAGUUUGGCGCGAUGUCUCACACCAUUUUGCUGGUACAGCCUACCAAGAGGCCAGAAGGCAGAACUUAUGCUGACUAUGAAUCUGUGAAUGAGUGCAUGGAAGGUGUUUGUAAAAUGUAUGAAGAACACCUGAAGAGAAUGAAUCCCAACAGCCCGUCUAUCACAUAUGAUAUCAGUCAGUUGUUUGAUUUUAUUGAUGACCUGGCAGACCUCAGCUGCCUUGUUUACCGAGCUGAUACCCAGACGUACCAGCCUUAUAACAAAGACUGGAUUAAAGAGAAGAUCUACGUACUCCUUCGUCGACAGGCCCAGCAGGCCGGGAAAUAGUUGAGUUUGGAAGCGUUAAGGGGAUGGGGGUGGGCUUGGAACACAGGUGUGUACAGCGUGCUGUUGUGGAAGUUUUGUAUUAUAGUAAUCCUGUUUCCAUUUUGGUACACUCUAGCCAGGAUUGAAUGUGUUAGAUGAAAUGUGAGGAUCUUCUUCCAUCUGAAACCCCCUUGGCGGCGCUCUUCUCCCCCUGCCCCCUUUUUUUUACUUAAACAUUUUUAUGAUGAUGUAGAUUGGUUGGUUUUGUCAGUUAAUGUUGGUUCCAGUCCUUCAAACUGUUAUAUCUGCUUUGUAACAUUCACUGUACUAACCCUUCUUCAAAUUGGGGUGGGGGAUGUGACGCAGUUUAGUUACAUCCUCACGACAAAGUCUUAGUGAAAAACAAAUAAAUGUUCUUUAGUUAUA